AUGGGACCCGGGGCAAGUAAGGCUAGCAACCUGCGUCCCUGGUACUUUAAAUAUGAUGCUGGCAACAAUCAGAGCAAAAUGCCUCAGACCUUUGGAGGUGACGGAGUCCCACCUCUAAUUGACAAACCAGGGACUCCUAAGAGACGACUCGGCAAACGAAUGGUAACGAGAUGGGGAGCUAUUAAUAUCAAUGGGGGCUACUCUGGGAAGAAAGUAGAGCUGACAGAGGCUGCAACACACAGACGGACCGGUCGAGUGGUGGGUGGCGGGCAGGCGGCGCGGGGCCAGUUCAAGCACGUGGCCUACGUCAACGUGGAGGACACGACUGCCUGCGGAGCCGCGCUGCUCAACUCCAAGUGGCUGCUCACCGCCGGCGUCUGCCUCUCCGGGUACAUGAAGUGGGUGGUGUACCUCGGGAUUGCGGAUCUAACCACCUCUGAUGACUACUCCCUCGUCUUCCAGAGCAACACACGUCUCGAACACCCCGGUCUGAACACCGACAGCAAGUUGCACAAUAUUGGCCUCAUCUACGUCCCGUCCAAGGUUAACUACAACGAUUACAUCCAGCCCGUGCAGUUGCCGCGGUACGCGGACGUGGACAGCACCUUCGAGGGCGUCGACGUAAUGGUCAGCGGCUGGGGAGCGCAGGCCACUGGUGGUUCUGGGCCGGGAGUGCUGUGGUAUGCGUACUUCCAGCCCGUGACGAUCUGCAGUCCCGCCUGGUCCUACUGCGGAGUGGGCCGAUAUAACGAAGCCAUCUGUUCGGGUGACUUCGGAAGCCCGAUGCAGCGAGCAGAGGCCGACGGGAACUUCACGGUGGUGGGCGUGGCCAGCUUCAUACAGGGCACCACCACUUGUGAGGGCGCCACGUCCGGCUUCGCCAUGGUGGCCGCCUACCUCGACUGGUUGGCUCGACAUACUGGUCUCGGGAUACGCCCGUGA